UGGUUGGAGGUGAUUCGCCCAAACAAAGUGUACCGGACCAGCUAAAAACCUAGUACAACAACCAUGUAAACCUACAAAAAUGCAGCCAAAACGGACAGAAACCAUGGAGGGAAACCCACACAACACAAGGGAAACAUCCUAGCAGUGUUCUAGCAGUAUAAAUCGUCCAACAACAUGGCGAAACCCGUGGUUUUGGACACGGACAGCGGAGAGCUGGAGGAGAUCGGGCGCCGUCUCCAUGACGAUGGGCUGGACCCGGAGGUGGACGAUGAGCUGAAGCUCCGCCAUGUCUGGCGCCUGUACCAGAGGUCAGAGGUCAGCCUGAAGUCUGCCCUUGCCGACAUCCAGGACCUCAAACUGCAGCAGGCCGAGGAGAUGAAGGAGGUGGAGAACUAUGUGGAGCACAUCCGGAGUCUGUCUGAGGAGAGAGAGGCGCUCACCAGCGAGUUCGAGGCGGAAAACGAGAUUCUGCGCAACGAACUGGAGCAGCGCAAGAUAGAGUGUGAUGCCAUAGCAGAAGUACGAGAGAUGUUACAACAAGAGGGCCUGCAGCAGGUGGCUGAGUCCGGGCUAAGUGAACAGGUGGCCUACCUGCUGGUAGAGAGAGCCAGGCUAAUGGAUGAACUCGAGACGGCAGCAGAGAAGAGACAGCCACACGUGAUGAACAGCAGUGCUGACGUGGACCAGCUGAGACAGCUGCUGGAGAGGGAGCGGGCUGACCACGAGGAGGAGCUGAGACAGCAGAGAGAGAACAUGAUGAGGGUCAAGGAGAGCCUCACCAAGGUUCAUGAUCAUGAGCUACAUGAGCUGAGCAGGUCCAAAGAUGAGUUAGAGGAAGAACUUGGUCUGGCCAGGAGUCAGCUUCUUAAGUCUCAGGAGUUCAAGAUGGACCAAGACAGUCUUGAUGCAGCCAAACUGACAGCAGAGUUGGAGACUGCGAGGGAGGACCUACAACAGGAUCUGGACCAGCUACAGGCCAGGUUCAGCCGGGUUGAACAGGAGAGAGAUGCACUGCAGAAAGAGGUGUCAAGACUACAGCUUGAACAGAGAGAAGACAGGACCAAACUGGACAAACAGGUGUCCUCGCUGGACCAGAACACACACAGCCUCAAACAACAGCUGGACAAGAGCAAGAAAGAACUCAGCGACUCACAGGCGUCCUGUCGGACAUUAGAGGAUGAGAAACGAUCCCUGGAGAUGAGACUAGAGUUUGCGAAGAAGGACCUGGAAGCAGUGAAAGAGAGAGAGAGACAGGCUGUCACACAAAAGGAGAGUUUGGCAUCAUCUGGUGAAGGGGCACAGAGAAGGCUGAACAUCCAGAUAUCCGAGCUGCAGAGUGAGAAGGAGCACCUGCAGCGGCAGCUACAGGACACCCGCGGGGACCUGCAGAGGGAACGCACACGCAGCCGCGAGAUGAGCGCACAGGUGUCAGAAACACAGCUGCAGCUGGAGAGGAUGCACAGUCUACAGGAGGAGGUGAACUCCUUAGAGACAGAGAAGACAUUACUACAGGAGAAGACUUACGAGGAGUCCAAACACAGACAACAGCUGCAGAGAGACUUGGACGAUCUCAAGUCACAGUUUCAGCAGGAGAAAAUGGAGCUGCAGAGCAAAGUGGAGAAACAGAAGAAGGAGACGAGAGAAGCUCAGCUGGCCCUGGAGGCAGCCAAUCGGGAGAAAGAACUGCUACACAUCCAACACAAGUCACAUGACCAGGGAGACAAGGUGUCGGAGCUCUCAGCCAGACUACAGGGUAUGGAGACAGAGAGGGAGGGUCUGAAAAGGACCAGUCAGCUACUGGAGGAUACAAACAAGCAUCUGGAGGAAAAGCUUGCCAGUUCAGAGCAGUCAUGUGAUGACCUCAGGGACACAGUGCAACUGCAGAAAAAUGUCAAUGCAGACCUGUCCACACAGCUAGAGGAGGCGACAGAGCGGGCGGGUAACGCUCGGCGGGAGACGGCAAACCUACGGGACCAGGUCAGCCGUCUGAGCGGACAGCUACUGGAGCAGAGGGACGAAACACGGGACAAACUGUCCCAUCUGGAGUCUGAAGUCGCUGACCUUCAGUCCCAGUUGGAGAGGGAGAAGAGCCGGUCCAAACUGGAGACCAGCUCCGUACAGUCACAGCUGGAGGAGGCUGAGUCAAGGUGUGCGUCUCUCAGGAGUCAGCUGGACAAUAAGAACCAGGAGCUGCAGAGUGCCCAUGUUCAGGCAGGCAGGGUUCAGUCUGACACCUCCUCACUUCAGGCUAAACUGGAGGCAGAGAAACGUCUGAGACAGGACACUGAGGACAGGAACAACAUGCUGGAACAGGAGGUCACAAAGGUCUGGGGACAGAUGAAGGAGGGUUUGGAGAGAUCUUCACGUGCAGAGUCAGAGAGGGACCAACUCAAGCAGCAGUUAGACAUGUACAAGAGCAGACAGGGCAGCAACAGGGAGAACAUGGAGACAGCUAGAACUCGAGCUGAGGAGGCUGAGAGACAGGUGAAGGAAGCUCAGUAUAAACUGCAGAGAGUGGCGGAGGAGGCCAGGAGGUCCAAGGACGAACUGGAGAGGAAGAACAACGACCUUUCAGCCCUGAGGAGACAGCUUCAAGAAGAGAAGAUGGACAGGGUGCGGACAGACCAGCAGCUGGAGAGCGCGCGGCAGGAGCUGGGUCAGCUGAGGGACAUGGAAGCGAGGCUGAAGGUCACCAACUCUAAACUGCAGCACAAGGUCAUGUCAGUGGACGAGGAGAACAAGUCUGUGGCAGACAUGCACCAGCUGUCUGAGCUGGGUAAACAGGCGAUGCUGCGUCAGGUGCAGACCCUGCAGCAGGAGGUGGAGACCCUGCAGCGGCAGCUCGUGGAGGCCACCAGUAAACUUGACCUGCAGAUCAGGAGAUACGACCAGAGGAAGCUCAAGUACAAGAACAAGAUUAACAGGGCAAAGGACAUUAUCCAGCGAGAGAAGGGGAUGAGAGAAGAAGCGGUCCACUCGACAGAGGAGGAGCUGAGCAGAGUGAAGUCCCAGCUACAGAGGGAACUGGACUGGAAGAAAAGUCUGGACGCUGACCACAAGAAACUCCUGCAGGACAAGAGAGACUUGUUAACCAGAUUGACAGAGGCAGAUGAAAGUGUACGUGACAUGAAGAGGACUGUGUCAUCGACAGAGUACCGGUGUCGGUUCCUGGAGCAGGAGAACUCCCAGAUGCAGGAGAGACUGGACAACCUGAACAGACAGAAGGACAGACUGGACAGACUGGUGCGCGACUACAGGAUAGAGAAACAGAGAGAGGCCAUCACCAGAUCCCUGACGUCCAUUCCCCAGUCGUUGGACUCAGAGUUUGUCUCGGCGCGCCCCAGCAGUGGUCUGGGCACAUCUCUCAGCUCACACAUCUUAGAUGGGCAGCCUGACCUGGGCACACCUUACCACCACUCCUCACCCAUCUUAAACAGUUACCUGAGUCAGAUGAACUACUCACCUGGGACAGAGGAGGACCUAGAUAACUCCACGUACUGAGAACACACAACUACAAGUUAGUAGAAAUUCUUCGAUCAGUGACUGUAUUUUUGUAAGGUAGAUUAC